CAUGCACAGCCUAGCUCCAGGCACCAGGAUUUCUCUCUUGAAUCUAUUAAACCCCACCCAUCCAUCCACCCUCCCCUCUGUUUCUGUGUCUCUCCCCCCCAUGCUGCAGGCAGGUAUAGCAGCCCUCUGAUUCGUUUUCCCUCUCCGUGACUCAUCUUCUUUAUUAUAGCAAACAGAGCAUCAUCAAAGCAGCGGAAAGCAGGGCUUUCCUACCCAGAGCCUGAAGAGUGUUCCUGUAAGGGGAGUGGACUACAUAUAGGAGCAUCCUUUCUUUUUCUGGGUUUGCCCGGUCUCAAACCUGUCUUGCUUGUGAGGAUUAUUGUGUUUUUGACUCGGAGAUUAGGUUUGCCAGCAUUACAAAAAGGUCUGAAUAACUGAUUGAUAUUUUGCUGACUGGUUUGCUUUUUAAUUGUCAUUUCUGAGUGGCUGUUUUGUUCUGGGACAAAUUCACUCACAGACUGGAUCAUUUCUGACCACUGACGUUCUGAUUUUCUGACAGUUUCUUCAGUAACUAGUUUGCCCAUUGACAGGCUGACAAGCUAUCUCUUUUGUUCAGUAACUGACCAUGGUGUUUAUUUUCUGGUUGACUGGCUGAUAAAUUGACUUGCUGUUUUGAUCACCAAACACUGGCAGACUGUUUAUCUUAUCCACUGACUGGCUCGCUGAGCUACUUGCUGUUUUAGUCCCUGACUGGCUGUCUUGGUUAUUUCACCUGUGCCUAUCUUACAAGUUGAUUAUUUUACUCCCAGGUUUACUAGUUUACUGAAUGUCUGGGAGUAGCAUUAGCAUCACCAUCCUCAGGAUUUGUGACUGUUUGGAUAGAGGAGAAGAAAGGCUUGAUGAAAGAAAAAUAAAAAAGAAAGAAAGAAUUACAAACCAGAAACAGCAAAGCACAGAAGAAAACUUGGUGUGAGAAAAUUGGAUUAAGGAGCAAAAGCAGGGGGGAUUAUUGAAGAAGGAAGGGUGCCCAGGAGGCGUGGCAGCGGAGAGAGAGAGAGAGAGAGAGAGAAGGAGAGGACAGUGGAUGCAACACACACCCUGAGAUGCUGUGCUGGCUGAGAGAGGACGAGAUGUCGGUCCAGGAGCUCCUACAGAGGGUGCAGUGUGUCAUCACACAUGUCGAUGAGAUCAUGCAGCAGGAGAUCAGGCCUCUACUGGCUGUAGACAUCAUAGAGCAGCUUCAUCGCCAGUUUGCCUUGCUCUCAGGAGGGCGGGGGAAUGAUGGUGCUCCCAUCAUCACGUUCCCAGAGUACUCAGGCUUCAGUGAAGUGCCAGAGGAAGACUUCCUCAAUGUCGUUACUUACCUGACCAGCAUCCCCAGUCUGGAUGCUGCCAGCAUCGGUUUCAUUAUCAUCAUCGAUCGGCGGAAGGACAAAUGGAGCUCAGUAAAGGCCUCACUAUCAAGGAUUGCUGGGGCUUUUCCAGGAAACCUGCAGCUGGUGUUGGUGCUGAGGCCGUCCAGGUUCUUCCAAAGGGCUAUAGCAGACAUUGGGAUCAAGCUGCACAAGGAUGACUUUAAAAUGAAGAUUGUGAUGCUGAACUCUCUGUCGGAUCUACAUGGCUAUGUGGAUAAAGGCCAACUGACCCGGGAGCUAGGAGGAAGCCUGGAGUACUGUCACAGUCAGUGGAUACACCACCGAACUGCCAUAGAGAACUUUGCCAUGACAGUGAAAACCACAGCCCAGAUGUUACAGAAGUUUGGGACAGACCUGGCAGAGAUGGAGCUUCCUAAUGACAUCCAGUGCACCAAAGACCUGCUCACAGCCCACACCAACAAACACAACAACCUCAAGGAUGAACUGAAGCUGGCUUUGAAGCAGGGCACCACCUUGUUAGGUUGUAUCAAGGAGCAGGCAGCUAAGUCAGAGAAUCACAAACUCAACCCAGAUGAGAUGGAGAACCAAACCACUGUGGAAAGGCUCCUAGCCCAGUUGGAUGAGACAGAGAAUGCCUUUGAACAGUUCUGGUGUAAACAUCAUCUGAAACUGGAGCAGUGCCUACAGCUACGCCACUUUGAACAGGACUUCAGAGAGGUCAAAGUGUCUCUAGAUUCUUUGUGGGAAAGUCUGACCAGCUUAUCGGUUAUUGGGGAUUGUCUGGCCAGAGUUGAACAACUGCUAAAGGAUCUGAAAACGUUGGAAGAGAAGGCUCAGCCCACACUUGAAAAGGCCCAGCUCCAUGCACUGCACGGUGACCAGCUGAUCCAGAGCAACCACUAUGCUGUGGACUCUAUACGACCCAAAUGUGUAGAGCUCCGGCGGGUCUGCGAUGACUUCAGCAAUGAGGCCAAGAAAAAGACGGAUGUUCUGUCCAAAUCCCUGCAGAUACACACAGGCAUUGAAAAGGUAAACCAGUGGUGUGAGUCUGGCAUCUACCUACUGGCCUCCCAGGCUGUGGAUAAGUGUCAGACACAGGAAGGGGCAGAGUCAGCACUGACUGACAUCGAACACUUUCUGGAGUCAGCAGAAAAGAGCCAACUGACUGAACUGAGGAACCUCCACAACCAGUAUGAAGUUGUCCUGUCUGAGGAUAUCAAGAUCAGUGUCCUGAAGGCACUGAAGCGACUGGAGGAUGUUCAGGAGAUGUUUGAGAAGCGGCAUGUCAGUCUGAAGAGACUGUCAGCUAAACAGACGAGGCCUGUCCAGCCCGUUGCCCCACGGCCUGAGUCCUCUCCAAAAAGGCCCUCACUGAAGAACCCGACCAGGACUACAGGGAGCCAACAGCCUCUGGCUCGCAGAGCCUCUGAUAACUCUAACAGUGGCAAGCAGCCAGCUGAGGCUGAUCCCAACAAGAGGAAGAACAUACGCAAGGCCAAGGGAGGCAUCAAGAUUGAGGUGAUGCAUGAGGAAAGCCAAGGAGGUUCCACCCAUGUCGUAGUCACCAGUGAGACAGAGGAGAGUUUGUCCAACAGACGCAGACACAUCAUGACUGAGCUGAUUGAAACAGAGAGGCUAUAUGUGGAGGAACUGCAAAGCAUCAUGGAGGGUUAUUUUGAAGAGCUAGAUAACCCAGAGCUCAGCCACCUCACACCUCCCUCACUGGAGAACAAACGGGAUGUGCUGUUUGGCAACCUGCCAGAGAUAUAUGAUUUUCACAACAAGACAUUUCUGAGGGAGCUGGAGGACUGUAUAGAAAAACCAGAACUGGUGGGAACCUGCUUUCUGAAAAGGAAAGAAGAGCUUCAGGUGUAUGAGAAAUACUGUCAGAAUAAACCCCGCUCUGAAGUCCUCUGGAGACAGUGUGGAGACAGUGUGUUCUUCCAGGAAUGCCAGAAGAAACUGGACCACAAGCUCUCUCUGGAUGCCUACCUGCUAAAGCCUGUCCAGAGGAUUACCAAAUACCAACUCAUGCUCAAGGAGAUGUUAAAAUGCAGUAAGAGUGAGGGGACGGCUGAGUUGGAGGAAGCUUUAGCUACCAUGCUGGAUAUCAUCAAGUCUGUCAAUGACUCCAUGCACCAGAUAGCCAUCACUGGCUUUGAGGGAAACCUGAGUGAACUGGGCAAGCUGCUGAUGCAGGGAUCCUUUAAUGUGUGGACUGACCACAAGAAAGGCCACAGCAAGGUGAAGGACCUGGCCAGGUUUAAGCCCAUGCAGAGGCACCUCUUCCUGUAUGACAAGAUGCUGCUGUUUUGUAAGAAGCGAGAGGAGACCACAGAUGGACAUGAGAAGACCCCAUCCUACAGCUUCAAACAUUCACUCAAGAUGAGUGCUGUGGGCAUCACAGAGAACGUCAAAGGAGACAACAAGAAGUUUGAGGUGUGGUACAACAGCAGAGAGGUGGUUUACAUCAUCCAGGCUCCUUCCAUGGAUGUGAAAAAUAUGUGGGUGUCAGAGAUUCGUAAAGUUCUUACAGGCCAGCUCGAGGCAUGCAGAGAAGCCAGUCAGCUCAACAUCUAUGGAGCCCCCAUGAGGAAUGUUCAACAACGGAAGCUGGCGCUGAAACAGUCUGAUUCAUCAAGUCCAGAGUCCGGCUUCAGGAGGGCCAACCCCAGCCCUAAUAUGAGACAGAAAAGAGUUGAUGCUUCUGCCAGCCAAUCAGGCCAAUCGGUUGCUAACACUAGGAAACGCUUCACGUUGCAGGGACUUUCCAACAGGAGGUCUCUUCCAGCAGAGCCUGCGGCUAAGGAGGCCGAGGUCCCCCGCCGCUUCUCUCUCACCUCCUCUCUCGCCUCUUCUUCUUCCUCCUCCUUCGCAACACGACGCACAAAAGGUCCCCUCUCUGCUAGCAUAAAGAGCAAGAGACAUGAAAUAAAGAGUGAUCCCACUCCUUUUGGUUAUGAAGAUACUUUGCGUGGUGCUAUGGCUGCAGCUGGGAAACGUCAGAGCAUGACUAGCAGCACUGCUACUGCUGUUGGUGGCACCUCAGCUGUUCCCAGAUCCACCUCCCAACCAGGCUGGACACAGCGACGUCUCCCUUCCAUGGACACAGAGGACUUUGAGACAAUCCCUUCCAGUGCAGAGGAAUCCUCCAACUCUUCAGAAGAAGAAGGCAACAAUAAAAAUGGUGACAGCAGUCGUUUCCGGGUGCAGCUGACUUAUGAGUCCCAUGAAGCACGGAACGCGUCUCUGGAGACAGGUGACCUGGUCCAGUUUCUGGAAGAAACAGAGAACAGACACUGAUAUCGUCAGUGAUCUGUGUACAGCAGCUCUCUCAGACCAGGAUGGAAAUGAAGCCAGUGUGUUGGGAAAUGUAUCUCAGGACAGCUAUUAAACAUAGCUGAAUACUGUAGUUCAUUAUGUUGGGCUACAAGCAUUUUGUUGGAUCACAAACAUGACUGAUAACUCAGACUAUAGUUUUUCAACUGGAAUUUCCUAAGCUGGACUUAAUAUCAACAAUGAAUAUCAAUGACUAAUGUUUUUUUUACUUACAUUUCUUUUGUUGGACAACAAAUAUUAUUAUUGUUGUUACUGUUUUUAAACCGUAGUUUUUCACUUCUGACUCAUUGAAGCUUCUCAGUGGAGCCUCUGAAAAAAGUUGGAACAUGCCUGAAUGCCACCAUGGGAAAGCCAUAUAAAAUUUUUAAUUGAAUCAGCUGUUGUCUCUGGAGACUGAAGACUAAUGGAUGUGGACACUGAACUUUACACCCAAAGGAAGAUGAAUUCAGAUUACAUACUGUAGAAAAUGCAAUUCCAAGUAUGACUUGGAUAACCACAGGAAAAAGUGAUCAAUUUCAUGUGCUGGUUGUGAGCAGGCCCUGGCAUGAUGCACUGUUUUGCUGCUAUACAGCCCUGAGGCAAAACUCUAAAAGCGUAUGUCCUGCCUCUGCUGCCUGGCUUUAGCUGCUUCAGCUUUUCACAUCUGAUCUACAGACACUCCACAGUAGCUGCGGUAUGUAGAGUACCUACAUAGCAUGUCCAUUCUCACACCAUGUAGAUUUGCAAAUUAUCUAUAUAAAUAUCUCUCAAAGGUUCUAAAAUAUCUCCUUUUCAUAUAUGAAUUUAUAACACAAAUGUUCUUCUCUGUGAAGGCGUGAAAAAAAUGGUUUACUCUGUCUGGAAAGAACAAGUAUUAUAUCCUUUUUUAUUUUUAGUCACUUGAGGGCAGAAACUGCCUUAUAAACCUGACAAAUGUAACUUACAUGUUAACUCUCCUUCAGCGAUUUUUGUGAAAUAUAAGUGGGUAUAUUUUCUGUGUAGAGACAGAAAAUCACUGGCCCCUUUGUCUGUUGUAUUAUGUUGCUAUGUCAGGGGUGCAACAACUGAGAAAACUGAAUUCUAAAGAUAUUUCAUUUCUUUACCAAUGACAGCUAAAUUAUUUUAGAACAGAAAAUACAUGCAAGAAAUAAAUGUGUUUUAUUCUUCAUACAUGGACAGUGAAUAGCAGAUGGAAGAAGCCAAAUGGCUUUUGAUGCAAAUUAAGUGUUAGUGCAUCACAUCUCUUCUUUAGGAUGGGGAUGGAGUGCUGGUGUAAAUCAUGUUUUAGGAAACAGAUCUCUGAGACACGUUAUGUUAUUUGGACUGGAUUUUCACUCACAUGUUUUUUGAAAAUGAUGUAAGAAAAGCCUGGGAAAUGUUUCCUCCAAGUAAUUUAGCAGGAUUUUUAAAAAAAUGUUAUUUAAUUUAUUUUUUUUAAUCAAGAUUCAUUUUCUGUA